UGAUAAGGUCGCUUCAGAGCUGUUAAUAUCUAGCACUAGCAAGGAGAGAGUUUAAAGAUAAUAAUAUUACGUGGCUCUUGUCUUCAUUUGUUUUGAAGUAAAUAAAGAAAAACUAUUGAAAAUAUAUAUUUUGAUAGUUUUGUUGAAGAGUUAUAAUUGCCGUACGUAAAAUGAUUGUCAUGAAGAGCUCUAGAAACGCCUUCCUUUUUGUUGAUAAUUUUCUACGUAUGAACAAACUACCCAAUAACAGCAAUUGGAAACCUUUGGCCAUUCGUGGAUUAUCGACACUGUCUGUGGACGAUGACAUUGCUGUGUGGGAACUAGAUCGGCCUCCUGUUAACAGUAUGAACUUGGACGUGGUCACAGACAUCACCAAUGUGUUGAGCAAAGUUGACGAGAACAAAUGGAAGGGACUUAUCUUUACUUCGGCUUCAUCCAAGAUAUUUUCAGCCGGGCUGGAUCUAGGAGAGCUGUACAAAGCUGACCCGAAUCGUUUGCGGCUCAUGUGGCAUACGAUGCAAGAAAUUGCAAUCAAAAUGCUUACUUGCAAUUUUGUCACCGCUGUUGCUAUCAAUGGUCACUCCUCAGCCGGCAGCACAUUGCUAUCAAUGCUCAGUGACCAUCGUGUUGCCGUCGAUGGUGACCACACCAUAGGGUUCAAUGACACGGCGGUAGGAAUAGUUCCCCCACUGUGGGUGGUCAAACUUAUGUCUCAUACGAUCCCAACGAGGAAAGCUGAAUCCGCCAUCAUUAGGUCUACGCUGUUUCUUCCUAAGGAGGCUUUAGAGGUAGGAAUGAUUGAUGAAUUAGCUUCAGACAAAACAGAUGCAAUAGCCAAAUGUAAAGGAUUCAUAAGAAGUAUGGAUCACAUUGCACCAAAAGUUAUAUCAAAGACGAGACAAUUGACAAAAAGAGAUCCCCUUUCCUGGCUUGUGGAGAAUAGACGAGCAGACUGUGAUGAAUUUGUUAGCAAGAUAUUGAGUGCUGACACCCAGUACAUAAUGGAGAAUUAUCUGAACACAUUGAAGAGUAAAAAGUCAUCUAAGUAAUGACAUAAAUUAUCAGUGAUACCUACCUAAUUUAAGAUAACAGAAAUAUUUUGAUUCCUCAUCAAAGAGCUAGUACUAUUCAAUUCAAGCUGUACCCUGUACCAAAACUCGAGGACAGGUAAUACUUUGGUGUUUAAAUAUCCGUUUAUAUAUUAAUAAGAAUUACGUUUAAGAAAAAUACCUAUUAAUGAAAUUUAUGUUUAAUAAAUUAUGUUUAAAAUAAAUGUAAUAAUCACGUAGGUAAUACACAA